AUGGCAAAAACGCAAAUAUGGCAAAAACGCAAAUAUGGCCAAAACGCAAAUAUGGCAAAUCGCAAUAAUGGCAAAUCGCAAAUAUGGCAAAUCGCACAUAUGGCAUAUCAUAAAUAUGGCAAAUCGCAAAUAUGGGAAAAAUGCGAAUAUGGGAAGAAAAUAUUGCAAAAACGCCAAUAUUGGAAAACGCAAAUAAGGGAAAAACGCAAAUAUGGCAGAAAUGCAAAUAUGGUUCACGAAAUAUAUGAGAAACGCAAAUAUGGGAAAAGAGCAAAUAUGGAAAAACGCAAAUAUGGGAAAAACGCAAAUAUGGGUAAAACGCAAAUAUGGGUAAAAGGCAAAUAUGGGAAAAACGCAAAUAUGGGAAAAACGCCAAUAUGGGAAAAACGCAAAUAUGGGAAAAACGCAAAUAUGAGAAAAACGCAAAUAUGGGAAAAACGCAAGUAUGAAAAAAACGCAAAUAUGAGAAAAACGCAAAGAGGGGAAAAACGCAAAUAUGGCAAAAACGCAAAUGUUGGAAAAACGCAAAUGUGCCAAAAACGCAAAUAUUGGAAAAAUGCAAAUAUGGAAAAAACGCAAAAAUGGGAAAAACGCAAAUAUGGGAAAAACGCAUAUAUGGGAAAAACGCAAAUAUGGGAAAAAUGCAAAUAUGGGAAAAAAGCAAAUAUGGGAAAAACGAAAAUAUGGCGAAGACACAAAUAUGGCAAAGACGCAAAUAUGACACAUAUAUGGCAAAGACGAAAAUAUGGGAAAGACGCAAAUAUGGGAAAGACGCAAAUAUGGGAAAAACGCAAAUAUGGGAAAAACGCAAAUAUGGGAAAAACGCAAAUAUGGGAAAAACGCAAAUAUGGGAAAAACGCAAAUAUGGGAAAAAUGCAAAUAUGGAAAAUACGCAAAUACAGGAAAAACGCAAAUAUGGGAAAAACGCAAGCAUGGGAAAAACGCAAAUAUGGGAAAAACGCAAAUAUGGGAAAAACCCAAAUAUGGCAAAAACCAAAAUAUGGCAAAAACGCAAAUAUGGCAAAAACGCAAAUAUGGGAAAAACGCAAAUAUGGGAAAAACGCAAAUAUGGGAAAAACGCAAAUAUGGGAACGCAAAUAUGGGAAAAACGCAAACAUGGGAAUAACGCAAACAUGGGAAAAACGCAAAUAUGGGAAAAACGCAAAUAUGGGAAAAACGCAAAUAUGGGAAACACCCAAAUAUGGCAAAAACCAAAAUAUGGCAAAAACGCAAAUAUGGCAAAAACGCAAAUAUGGGAAAAACGCAAAUAUGGGAAAAACGCAAACAUGGUUAAAACGCAAAUAUAGGAAAACCCCAUAUAUGGGAAAGACCCAAAUAUGA